AUGACCUCUAUAAACCAUAAUAAUAACUUGUGCCUUGUCACCCUUCACGUCCCUUCCUCCACCUCUUGCAACUGCCCUGACCAUGUGCCGCCUAGGGAGCCUGGCAAGAAAUUUGGUAAAAUUUUGAACCUCAAAAAUACCUCAAAUAAUAACCCUACUAACAUCCUUAAUAACCUCUGUACUGGCCUCGAAACAUUCCUCGGCUUCAACAAAGACUCCAAAGGCUACGACGGCAGUGGCAUUGUGUACUCUGACUUGGAUAGGCUGUGUGACGGGGUGAUGGGAUUUUUGAGUGGUGUGCUUGAUGCGGUGAAAAACGAAAAUGAAGUGAUAACUUAUGAUCAAUACAUCAGUGGAGACAAUAAUAGACUCAAAAAAGUACUUGACACCUUAACUAAAAAUAUUGGCUCCGGGCGUGCUGGGCUUGCGGAGUCUGUCCGCGCGGUGAAGGGGUGGUUGGAGGGGUAUGAGAGGGAGGUGAACAAUAAAAUUACUGCAGUUACAGAGCCCAUUGAGAUAAUGAAAAAUCUCGUUGAACACGAUAAAAAUGAAAUUAAAAUAGAAAAAGACAAGAACCUUAUUACGCAGGUUGAAGAGUGGACUAAGAGAGCCAAGCAGUAUGUUAGUCUUGCUGACAAGGCCAAAAAGGCUUUAAAAGAUAUUGAUCCUACGCUAUCAGGUAAGUUAAAUAAUAACAUUUCAUUGCUGGUUCAGGCCACGGGAACGUUCAAGGCGGCGGCGGAGAAUGGAGACCUGAAGGACGUGUAUGAAGAGGCGGGGAAGCAGAUUUACAAGGUAGUAAAGUAUGCCGAGACGGAAUUCGGAAACACUAAAAAAUUGCUACUGAAUUAUUUGAACGAGCAUAUUACUGCUUUACAUGAUAAAUUAGUCUGCUUGCAACGUGCUCAAUUUGAUGAUCUAUUUACGUCUGUGAACAAUGAUCUCCUGGGUGCAUAUGACAAGGUGAGUGAUGGUAUAAAGGAUCUUGAACAUAAAUACAGAAUUAGUAUUUUUGAUGAGGUUCAUGCGCUUCAAAGUAGUUCACAUAGUUUUAAGUUGUCUUUUGAAACGGCUCAGCGAGCACUUAGCCAUGUGAUCAUCGAAAUAAAAGGGGACAUGGAAAAGUUCAGGGACCUGAAAGAGGUUAACAACAUAGAUGUUAGUCUACGGACUCGUGUGAAGUUGUUAAACAACCUACAAAAUGACCCCUUUAAAUCCCUUCGAGAUUAUUUCGAGCAGCUUGAAUCACCUACAACGCUUUUAGCUCUAGCUUUGGCAGAAAUCGGAAAAGGUAUGGAUACAAUUAGUUCGUUUACGAAAAAGUACGAAAUGGGCAAAGCAAUAAAACACGCCGCGACGGCACUGAAGGAGCUAAAAAGCUGCAUUGAAGGUGAAGGCGAUACACAGUUGCCGAACACCAAUUCCAUUACCAUAGGUGGAGAGAUGAUUACUGUUGGCGGUGCAGAUAACCUGAGGGAUACUCUACGAUCUCACAUGUCGAACAUCUCCAAUGUGCUGCAGAAAAUUGAGACAUCGCCUACGAACGUAAAUAUCGGUGACACAACUGCUAUUUUUUCCGAUCUAUCAUCCGUUGCCGAAGCUUUAUCAUCGCAUUCCAAAGAAAUUGUUGAUGCAGUAAUGAAAAAAAUUACCACUCAAGUUACGGAAGACAUUCAAACCGUUGCAACUUAUAUACAUCAGAAAAUGGAAAAAAUGGCUAAUGCUAUAGAUUUCACAACGGAAGGUAAAACAGACUACGGUACAUAUGGCGGCGGUGCCCAGCAUGCAGCCGGCCUCAAGAAGUUGGUGAAUGAAUUUCAGAAUGCGAUUAAUCAAAAACUUAUCGAACUUCAUGGGAAUGUCGGAAAAAAUGAAGAGCACGAAGGCAGCGUGUACAAGGAUUUGGUUGUGUUGAGAAAAAAUAUCACAGCACUUGCUACACAAGUGGAUGUAGUCAAGGAAAAUGUCAGAGCAGUUGCGGCAGAACUCAGCGGAUGUAUCAGGAAAUCAACACGGCUUGUUAAUCAUGCACCUAGAAUAGCAGGAGAUAUGAUGAAUAAAUUGCAAACAGUAAUCUGCGGCGAUAUUAAUAAGGGGUUUCAAAGCGUCCAACAGAAGGCAAAAACGUUGUUCACCGAAACCAAGCAAAACCUUACUGCAGCCUUACAAAAAAUAGUUAACAAGCAAAUUAAAAAUGUUACUGAGAUUGUUUACCAAGAUAGCAUCUCUGGAAUGAAAAGUUUCUGCAGAAGGUUAAAAACGUAUUUCGUCAAUGAAAUUGCAAGCUUAUAUCCACAUCCAUACACGCCGCAUGAACAGACACCGAAAUCUCUUCAAGAUUUCUCUAAGCACCUCACGUCAUUCUAUCAUCUAUUUUUACGCGAAGUUAACCAUUCAUCGUUUGACGAAAAACUGGACCCAGUGUCCACCAAAUUGGAGACUCUUCUUAAACGCAUUAGCGACUCCAAACAUUUCGAUUAUCUCGUCUCACAUAAGUAUAAUGACCUCCAAAACGCCCUCGACAACUUCGCUCCCAAAAAAUUUUCGACCCCUUGUUCCCCCCUCCUCGCCCCCCUCAAGCGCGGCCUCUCCAACUUCGCGCAACAACUCGGCCACGCGUACGUGAACAGGUACUCGGGUAAACAAUUUGAGGGUGAAUUGUUGAAGGAAGUUAAGUCUACUACUCCUGAUAAACCUGUUUCUGCCCCUAAACAACCAUCCGAAAAAAUUUACGUUUUAACCCCUGAGGGCCGCAACUGCGCCAAGGUCUGCCUGACGAUAGUGGAGAUGGUGUAUCACAAUCUCGACCGAUUAAGAGUUGAAUGUAACGGUCUUACUAAACAUCAAAUUAACAAAUCCACAGACAUAGGUAGACUGUUUUCUGAGCUAGGAUUCAAAGUUUCUGAAAAAGGUGAACAAAACGGUGAAUUGCAUGACGACAAGAAUAAGAUAGGUGACUACGUAUUUAAGAGGAUUAUGUGGCCGAUUAAAAAAGCCGUGGAUAUCGAACACCUUCAUAAUUGUGAAUCGAGAAAGCCGAAUAGAUAUGACAACUUCCACAUCUUCGACAUACUGCGGUGUAUAUACAGUCACUUUGAGCAGUACAACGAAGUCUGCCACAUUGCUACUUCCUCAGCUAGGAGGCAGCCGUGCAGCGUCUAUGAAAUGCUUAUAUGGCUCACUGGUCUUCCAUACGCUUCUGUAUACGGCACAAUGCGUGACAUAACUUUGUCGGAGUUUUUUGAAGACUCAACUAAACAGGUUGCUGCAGAAAUAGAGGGUAUUGAGAUGACACUCACGGACAUUGGUGCCGUACCCAUACAAGCUUGUCCACGUGACAUAACGUAUAGCAAAGUAACGAAAGCAAUCACCCAUAUCUGCGCGAAAGCAUAUGAUGUUCUCGCAUCCAUAGCAGGUCACGGCGACGAAUACACGCUGUACGCCAGUGACUAUUGCAACAACUCUCUAGGUCUCAAAUAUCCUAGUUCUGGUCAGGAUUGUCUUGAUAUGCUCCUAGAUGUACUACGGAGAUGCUUGCCAGCACUCCGAUACAUCUUCCAGCGAUGCAACGUAACCGCUGAGCACCACGGCUGGCGCAAUUGUGAGUACGGCAAGGAUGUGCCGACAGCCAAAUCGCAUUGUAGCAACAAAGCAACGAGCCAACCAAACAGCCAACCAAAGAGCGAAGCAAAGUGCCAACCAACUUCCCCGCUGAUGAGCUAUCUUAACGACUGCCUGCCUGGUCACUUACCGCAUAAUGUCAGCUCCAUAGGGUGCAGAUCGGUAUGCAGCAACUGUCCCUCCGCUGCGAAGCUUGGUAUGCCGUGUCUGACGCCCAUGGGAUUCCGCGGUUUCUCUGGCUCAACCAAAAGUGGCGCGGACCUAUGUGAAAUAAUUCGCGAAUUCUUCGGUAGUGGCCUGGUAGCAUCAUUGCUCGGCUUGUCACCGACUCCGCCGAAAACGCUGCCAGAACACUUCGGAUUUGCUUUGUCGCUUGUCAAUGGAUGGGUUAAUAUUACCAAUUUGACGCCCGAGAAACGCAGUGAAUUUAGCUUUCAAUCGUCAUUUGAAUCACGCAUACGUGAUGUCUCUCUUAAGUUAUAUCCCGAUUCCAAUAAGUUAAUAAAAACGUUGAUGAGAGCAUAUGGUUCACAGGCGGUUUUGCAUGAAUAUUGCAAGCAUCCUCAUCUUGUCAAUUUCACUAGCUCAGAUAUAUGUCGUUACGAUGUUGCAGAUGUAGCCUGCGCUCCUUAUCUUCAAUCGCUAUGCUCAGGUUCCUAUGAAUACAUGGCCAUCAAACACUGUGAACUGUACCUCACCUGGGCCAUAUACCUCUCAUGGGAUUUCUGGCGAUUGCUGAACAAUUUGUACAACGACUUCUGCAACAUAUUCUGUGCCGAUUGGGGUUGCCGCGGCUGCUUGAGAGGCGAUACGUGCAAGAAAGGAUCGCAUGGUCGUACUGACGAAAAAACUGGGAACCCACAUUGCCAGUGUCCAUCAAUAGUGGAUUGUAAUGGCGUGUCACCGACGCUGUAUCGAUAUGGAUUCAGUUUCUGUGACGCUGUCAAAUUGAAUGAUAGUAAAUAUAAGAAGAAAUGCUCCGAUUUCUGCAGUCAGUUAAACAAAUUGUUAACUUCACAAUACUUCAAAGACCUCUUCAAAGAAUGCGACAACUUCAUUUGGACAAUCAGAGAACCGUUCACCUAUCUCGUCCUGGCACUCUGGUCACUAUCCCUCUUCUACCUCAUUUGCGUAAUGGUUGGCAGACUGGACGUGCUCCACAUCAGGUCACACCUGAGGAUACCGUCAUCGCAUAAGAUUACAGCGCAGUCAUUGUUGGCAGCAGCGCAAGUCGGAAGGCUUGCCAAGAUAUCGUACCUGCAACCGUAA